CUCCUGCCACUAGGUCAGCCUUCCUAAGUAUUUUUCAGAAUGAUAAUUAGGAAAGCACACCUCCAGAGAGACAAACCUCUUUUUGAUUUUGACUUUCCUCCAGCAAUAGAAGCAUUUCCAAACUAAAGGGUCAUCCUCUGCAGCAGUGAUAGCCACUGUCCUGGAUGUUUAUAAAUACCUCUGCUAAGCUACUUAUAUGGACUUGCAGAUGAAUCAAAGCUGGACAGCUUGAGAAGUGAGCAUUUUCAAAAAGCAUAUGCUUCUUCAUUUCUCUUUUUCAAGUAUGGAGAUGCUUAUAACAUGCUCAGUGCUUGGUGGUCUAAACUGAGGAGGAAAAAUUGGUAAUAUGCAGGGGCAUGUUUAUAAAUACCUGAUAAGCUACUUAUGAGGUUUCCAAGAAAAUAGAUCCCCCCCAGCCCCACCUCUGUGUCUCGUAGCCGAUUUGCCUACCCGCCCUCUCCUGUCUUCUAAACCCCAGUUAAAGAAGAUGGCUGUCCUGAAAGUGAAAUUCACUAAGCACAAAAGGGACAAGCUUGCCCAGGUGCUGUGGAUCUUAAACUGGAUUUCAGUGGUCACCGGCAUCAUCCUCCUGAGUCUAGGGCUCUUCCUGAAGAUUGAGAUUCACAAACGCAGGGAACUCAUGUCCAACCGGGAGAUCCACUCUGUCCCCAACAUGUUGAUUGCGGUGGGAGUGAUCGCCUGCGGGAUCAACUUCCUAGGUGGAAAGAUCUGUUACGACUGUGUGGAUACCAACAAAUUUCACCGGUGGAAGCUGGUGAUGCUUCCAUACAUCAUCUGCACCUUCUUCUUCACCUUCUGCAUCCUAGUGGGGGCACUGAUGUGUUACACCAUGAGGACCGAGCUGGAAGAGUCUCUCUACCAAGGGCUAAAAGAGGCUUUGAGGUACUACAAGGACACGGACACCCCGGGCAGGUGCUUCUUAAAGAGGACCAUUGACAUGCUGCAGAUAGAGUUCCAGUGCUGCGGAAAUAAUGGUUUCCGGGACUGGUUUGAAAUUCAGUGGAUCAGCAACCGUUACCUUGAUAUGUCAAGCAAGGAGGUCAUAGACCGGCUGAAGAGCAACGUUGAUGGCAAGUAUCUGAUGGACGCAGUGCCCUUUAGUUGCUGCAGCAUCAACUCCCCCCGGCCUUGCAUCCAGUACCAGAUCACCAACAGCUCCGCCCACUUUAACUACGACUUCCAGAAGGAGGAGCUGAACCUGUGGAAGAAAGGAUGCCGGCAGGCCUUGCUGGAUUAUUACACACAGAUCAUGCAGUCCAUUGGCUUCACGGUCCUCAUUAUCUGGCUCUUUGAGGUGGGUCUGAUACGUACCCUGUUGCUAUUAUAUCCACAAGCUGUGAGCAAAGUGUUUAUACUAACACUUCAUUGCACACAAUUACCUUUUGUUACAGAACGCAAAUAUAUUGUCAGAUUAAUUUUCCCACAGUCUGUGCACAGUAAUUACUUGUAA